UAUCAGCUGUGUGUUGAUCUGCUGGUCUCUGUGUGUCUCUUCAGGGACGCUUCCUUUGGGAAUUGCACCUUCAACCUCACGGUGCUCGACUGUCUGCAGGGCAUCAGGAAGGCUCUACAGCACGGCUUCUUUGACUUUGAGACGUUUGACGUGGACGAGUACGAACACUACGAGCGGGUUGAGAACGGAGAUCUGAACUGGAUCGUCCCGGGGAAGUUUGUGGCCUUCAGCGGUCCUCAUCCUAAAACUAAGAUAGAGAACGGUUACCCUCUCCACGCCCCUGAGGCGUAUUUCCCAUACUUCAGGAAACACGACGUGACCACCGUCAUCCGUCUGAACAAGAAGAUCUACGACUCCAAACGCUUCACCGACGCCGGCUUCGACCACUACGACCUCUUCUUCUUAGACGGCAGCACGCCCAGUGACAUCAUCACACGCCGCUUCCUGCACAUCUGUGAGAGCACGGACGGUGCUGUGGCUGUCCACUGCAAGGCUGGUCUGGGCAGGACAGGCUCUCUGAUUGGCUCUUACCUGAUGAAACACUACCGCUUCACAGCAGGUGAGGCCAUCGCCUGGAUCCGGGUGUGUAGACCGGGCUCUGUGAUUGGACCACAGCAGAACUUCCUGGAGGAGAAGCAGGCAGCGCUCUGGUUGCUAGGUGACAGCCAGCGUUCCCAGAAGGCCAAGCUGGAGGAGAGAGUGAUGUCAUCUCACCUCAUCACCUCUAUGGAUGACCUCACUUUAAACUCCACCCACAACAGUCUGCACGAGGUCAGAAACACACACUCACACAUAUAAAUAUAUAUAUAUAUUAGUG